AUGCCGUUGAAUAUGUCUGUCAAAGCCCUCUCACUCCUCGCGGCGUUCGGAGUUGUGAACGCUCUGCGUCCCAACACCACGUCCAUCUGCGACUACUAUACUCCCCUCAUUCUUGGGAAAGACAACACACCCGCCAAUCAGCAGGAACUCAUGGCCUUGAUCACCCAUACCUUCAUUCUGGGCAACUACACCACCCCCAAUGUCGGCAUCAAAGUAGACGGAAUUGCAGGCCCCAAGACCUACGAAGGCCACCAAGUCAAUCUCCUGCCAUACUUCACUGGUGGAUACUACUCUACCAAUGUAGGUGGAAAGUCCGAGGCCGUAAACUGGCUUGAUGAUGGAGGAGCGGCAGCACUGCUUGCCAACAAGCCGGCCAACACCACGAACUCGAACCAAUACCGACUCCUUACGCACGUGUAUCAGUACUUUGGCGAUUUCUACGGAUGCUCCCAGCAGGGAAGCGCUGAUUUCCCCCACUAUCAGGGCGUCGCAAGCAUGUGGGAGGUGCACAAGUUCAUGGACCCCAACAUCUGGGAGUCUGGUUACUUCAACGAACAGAUUGUGCUUGCCGGACAGUCGAUCGGAUUCGAAGAGCCAGACGUCAAUUUUACUCGAACCGCUCUCGAUCAGACCUUUACUUAUCGUUGCAUUCCCCCAGCCGCCGUGAUUCCUCCAUCAGCAGGGCCUCAGCUGCAGACCAUCUGCAGCGAUCAAUAUAGCUGUCCCCUUGCUGCGAACGCCAACUGCUCUGCCUACCCAGACGAUGGUGUCGUGCCUUAUCCUAAGAUUGCAAACGUCACACUUCUGCAGGGAGUUCCUAAGGAAAAUGACACUCUUGGGUUAAGCAGCACAUCGGCCUCUUCAUCUCCUGCGAGCGCAUCGGCUACAGCUAGUGGGUCAGCAGCAACUCCCAGUACUUCUAGCACCAAUGCAGCUGCUUACACUUUGGCCGCAGGAAACCCAAUGAUGGCACUAGCGGGUAUGGUCGCCCUUUUUGGCAUGACUCUCCUGUGA